CUGCAGCCCUGUGACCGCACAGAGGGAAUCCCGGCCUGUGAUUGGACGACGCUGGUUUUGACACGUCACACCUGAGUAUAAUAACUAACGUGCGCAGCAGAGUCACAGCUUCAUAGAUCAGCACAUGUGGAGGAGCACACAGGAUACUAACAUGUCCGUACACGAAAACACGAUGGACAUACCACCUGUGGAGAGAUCACAGGCCGGUGAAGCCGUCACCACAGACAGAAAACAGACCUACAGGCUGUAUCCAUCACUGCCGGACAAAGACAGAUACGAUGCUUUUGUGUCGGACGAGUCCUUUGGAGAAAAACCUCACGCGGCUGCAGUUCAUCAUCCAGGGAGUCUCUUUGGAGAGUCGGAGGCGCCGGCUGCCAACAGUGACGUCAGAAUGAAAGCACAGAUACUUAUCUUGGAGGAGCAAAGGCAAGAGCUUCUUUCUAUUAAUGAGAGAUGGGCAAAAGAGUACCGAACCAUGAAGCAGUACUACAAAGAGAAGGUCCAAGAUUUAAGAGCAUUACUGCAGCAUCCUAACUUUGAGGAGGACAUGUGGGAAGAAAGAGAAAAGAACAUCAGAUUAUAUAAUAAAGGCAAAGACGCAGAGAGCACAUGGACCAAAGACGUCGACGCGAGCGCUGAGUUACUAAGAGCAGUGAAGGAAGCGAAGGAGCUGCGAGAGCAGAACAGCACUCUGACCCGGAGAGGGCAACAUCAACGCGAGGAGAUCGGACGACUGAACAAGGCUCUAGAGGAGGCACUUCAGACCACACAACCUCUUGAAGUGAGCAGUGAAACACUACAGGAUAUCUGGAAACAUCAGGCCGAAGUCUACAAGGAAGACUUUUUGAAGGAGCGCAAAGACAGGGAGAAGCUUAAAGAGAAGUAUCUGGAACUGGAGAAGAAGUUUAGAAAAGUUUACAAUGAGCUCCGUGUCCUCAAACCUCAGGUGACUCGGACUCGACCGCCGCAGCCUGUACUUGAAUGCACCUGCACAAUUCGAGCCAAAUGUCCAAACUGGGAAGUCCGCCCAGUUCACCAGAACGACGUGCAGUUACAGAGACGUUACACUCUUGACAACAAACUUGUGAAAUGAAGUGGCCUCCUCACUCUUUGUGUGAUAAUGUACAUUGCACUUUGUGGAAGUCUCAGAUCAGAGUUCGUCAUUAGCAGGAUGAGACUUUGCAGGCAUGACAUCCAGGAAGUGGACUCUCUUCUGUUUCAGUCCUCGGCCAACUGUCUGCUGGAGGUUCAACUUCAGGAAGCGUUCGUCAUGGUUGUAAAGAGGUCGUUCCACCAGUCCGGGCUUGUUAGGUGACCUGUGGAGGAAGGACACACGCACACAUAAAAACACUUUAACAGCCUGUGAAAUAAAAACAAGAACCUCUAGUUUUAACACUUCCCAAGAGGAGAAAAGCAGCAAAGAUCGAAAUACAAUACUCUACCCAUUGCGUGCAAGGUUUGCUAUGUGAGCCAUUGUGAGCCAGUUCCUCCUCUUCUUGUGACACAGGCCCUUGGGGUGAAAUCAAUUAUUGCACAGCCUUAACACUAUUGACAUUGAUAAUCUUAAACAAAAGUGCAAAAUGAAUGAGAUCUUCCUGCUUCAAGUACCUGAAAACAAGACAUCAUCGUAGUGGUCCGCUUUGAUGAAAGCGGGUCUUGUUCCGCUCGGACAUAACUCGGGCACACCUGCAUCUGUCAAGUCACACAAGUCACGAUGCGACUACAAGGGCUCUAAUUAUUUCAAACUAACUAACUACGAAGUAGGCUCACCUCGGUGGUAUGUUGAUACUUUAAGUAUAGGAAGAACAAGGACCAGGUCGCCAAGAAUCUCAGUGAAAACAUCUCGUAUGUUCUCAGGAGAGUCAUUCUGUUGCAGGUACUCAUUCAGUAUCAGUUCAUUGGCACCUGAGGCCUGUCAGAGAGCAAAUAUGAAGGGUUUGGGGGGGGAGGAAAAAGUAUAUACGAACAUUUAUUUUUGCAGUAUAUUUAUGAAUGUUUAAUGUAACUUGUCUGCACAUAUUAUACCUGAUUCUUGUUAAUUUAUCAUGUGAAUAAAUCAUUGAAUGUA